AUGGAUACCAUUGAGUUAUCAAAUUUAAACAGGCAAUUUCUUUUUAGAAAAUCUGAUAUAGGUUUAUCAAAAGCUAAAUGUGCUGUUGAGUUUGUAAAUAAAAGGGUCCCCGGUUGUGAGGCUGUUGCACAUCAUUGUGCUAUUCAAGAUCUUGAUGAAGGAUUUUAUCGCCAAUUCCACAUUAUUGUUUGUGGACUUGAUUCUAUUGUUGCUAGGAGAUGGCUAAAUGGCAUGCUUAUGACCUUACUGCAAUACAAUGAUGAUAGAAGCUUAGAUCAAAGUAGUGUCAUUCCUUUAGUAGAUGGUGGAACAGAGGGGUUUAAAGGCAAUGCAAGAGUUAUUUUGCCCGGUAUGAGUGCUUGCAUUGAGUGCACACUUGAUCUAUAUCCUCCUCAAAAAACUUUUCCAUUGUGUACAAUUGCUAAUACACCAAGACUGCCAGAACAUUGCAUUGAGUAUGUAAAAGUUAUCCAAUGGCCUAAAGAGAAUCCUUGGGGUGGUGCAACAAUACUGGAUGGUGAUGAUCCUCAGCAUGUAGCAUGGGUUUUUGAAAAAGCACAAGAGAGAGCUAUGAAGCAUGGGAUUACAUCUGUUACAUACAGGCUAACUCAAGGUGUUUUGAAAAAUAUUAUUCCGGCUGUAGCAAGUACAAAUGCAGCAAUAGCUGCAACAUGUGUGACAGAGGUAUUCAAGCUAGCUUCAUCCUGCUGCACUAACAUGAACAAUUACAUGGUACUCAAUAUGGCCGAUGGUGUAUACACAUAUACAUUCAAUGCAGAAAGAAAACCAGAUUGUGUAGCUUGUAGUAACACAACUCGUGUACUGGAUAUUAAGCCAGAUGCAGUUUUGAUGGACAUUUAUGAGAAACUGAAGGAAGAUCCUGCUUUCUUGAUGAAAAGUCCAGGUAUUACUACUGUCAUAAAUGGUCGUAACAAGACUUUGUAUAUGCCUUCGAUCAAGAGCAUAGAGGAGAGGACAAGAGAUAAUUUAAAGAAAAAAAUUACUGAAUUGGGACUCUACAAUGGAGGGGAAAUUCUUGUUGCUGAUGUUACAACACCAAAUACAAUUUCAAUAAAAUUAAAAUUUUCUGAUAACAUAGAUGUUGAAAUGUCAAGA